AUCGAGCCGCCUUCUCCUCCUCCCCCUCGCCGCCGCCGCCGCCGCCGCGUGGAUCCAUCCAUCCAUCCACCCCAUCCUACUCGCCGCCGAAACCCUCCCCGUGCUACGGACCUGUCCGCCUGCGGCGGAGGCGGGCCCAGCGGCGGGGCGGCCAUGGCAUGAGACCGGGCGGUCUCGUGCGCGCGCGAUUGGUCGGUGGGUGCUAGGGUAGCGAGCAUUCGAGGGAGGGAGGGAGGCGCGAUCGGCGGGCCGGGGCUGCGGUGGCGCCGGGCAUGGCGGCGAAUUCUUCGGCUUCCGCGGCGGGGGCCGGGGCCGGCGGCGGCGGCGGCGCCGCGGCGGCCGGGCUCAAGACCUACUUCAAGACCCCCGAGGGGAGGUACAAGCUGCAGUACGAGAAGACACACUCCGCCGCCGUGCUGCACUACAACCACGGCGGGAAGACCGUCUCGCAGUUGACGGUAGCAUAUCUCAAGGAGAAGCCUGCUGGACAAGGCUCAACGCCUUCAACGCCAAGCUCCAGCAGUGGAAUGCGUUCUGCAGCAGCAAGGCUUCUCGGCACUGGGAAUGGUAACCGGACACUUAGCUUUGUUGGGGGAAAUGGUGUAAGCCGGGCUGUGUCUGCAAGCAGCCGCAUCGGGGGAGGCCUUGGUACAUCUGGAGGCAUUGGUAGCUCGCAAGUUGUGGCAAAUUAUGAUGGCAAGGGUACAUACAUUAUUUUCAAUGCCGCGGAUACACUAUUCAUCAGUGACCUCAACUCUCAAGACAAGGAUCCAAUAAAGUCCAUCCAUUUCAACAACUCAAACCCACUGUGCCAUGCAUUCGACCCAGAGGCCAAGGAGGGACAUGAUCUGAUUAUCGGAAUGGGGUCAGGGGAUGUCUAUUCAAUGUCGCUGAGGCAACAGUUACAAGAUCCUGGAAGGAAGCCUGUUGCAUCCCAGCACUAUAAUAAGGGUGAUAAGGAUGGAACAAGCACUGGCAGCCGAUGCACUUCUGUUGCAUGGGUGCCGGAGCGUGAAGGAAUCUUUGUUGUUAGCCAUUCUGAUGGAAAUUUGUAUGUGUAUGAUAAAUGCAAAGAUGGAAACACUGAGUGUACAUUCCCAGCCAUAAAGGAUCCAGCUCAGUUGAUGAUUUCACAUGCAAAGUCCAGUAAGAGCAAUCCAAUUGCUAGAUGGCAUAUUUGUCAAGGUCCAAUUAAUGCCAUAUCCUUUUCACCAGAUGGGGCAUACUUGGCGGCUGUCGGGCGAGAUGGUUAUUUGAGGGUGUUUGACUUUUCAAAGGAACAACUAAUAUUUGGUGGGAAAAGUUAUUAUGGCGCACUAUUGUGUUGCACAUGGAGCUCGGAUGGCAAAUAUCUGUUGACUGGUGGUGAAGAUGAUCUUGUGCAGGUAUGGAGCAUGGAUGACAGAAAGAUAGUCGCGUGGGGUGAAGGGCAUAAUUCAUGGGUUAGCGGAGUUGCCUUUGAUUCAUAUUGGUCUCCUCCAAAUUCUGAUGGAACAGGAGAAAAUGCUGUGUACCGUUUUGGUUCUGUUGGUCAGGACACACAACUUCUUCUGUGGGACCUGGCAAUGGAUGAGAUUGCUGUCCCACUGCGACAUCCUUCCAGUGGCUCACCAACUUUUAGUAGUGGCAGCCCUUCUGCACACUGGGACAGUGCAUGCCCUCCAACAGGCAUUCUUCAACCUUCUCCAAGAAUGCGAGAUGUGCCAAAGCUGUCACCCCUUGUUGCGCACCGAGUACAUGUCGAUCCACUUUCCGGCCUGGUCUUCACUGGUGAAUCGAUUCUCACCAUUUGUCGUGAGGGACUAAUCAAAAUCUGGGUCAGACCUGGCCAGAGCGAAAACAAUCAACAGUCCAACUCCUCCGAGUUGGUUUUAGGCAAUCCUGUUCCAAAGGAUAGGGCGAUCACAUCUUCGAAUAAAGCAACUGGUUCCAGCUUCAAGCAAUCUUCAUCUGUCCUCUUCACAUGACAAAGUGUUCUGGUGGGCACAUUGCUCUGGUAAACUGGUUAAUUGAUCAUCGGUGGUCAUGUUUCUUACUAACACCGUGAUUUUGGGGCGGAACUCAGAGGAAGUUGCUGGCGAUGGAGCCGCGCAUUUUGUGCGGCUAUAUAUGCCAGUUUUGCCAUUUGUGUGGCUCAAAGGAAUAAUGGGAUAUUAGUCCUGUACAGAGAUACAUAUAGUUCAAGAUAAAAUGUACAAUUUCACCGUAUGUGUUUCGUUGUCAUUCAGUGAGCCGACUAGUGAUGGGAGGAUAAUGGAUGCCACUUUACCUGGUGGUGUUUUCUUGUGCUUUGCUAUUAGCCUUUAAAAGUCUGUAAAUUAUUAUUCAUAUUAUUGUUACAGAGCAUUUCUAAUUCUCUCACGGUAUCAACUGU